GCGGCCCGGCGGCCUCCUCCCCACCGCCCCCCGCCCUCCCCGGUGUCUGUGUUUCUCUCUCUGGUCGGAGGCGGCGGUAAUGGCGGAUGGUGGGUUGUGGCGCCGGCGGCGGCUGCUGUGAGGGACGAUGAGUUCCUCCUUCGUGUCGAACGGGGCCAGCCUGGAAGAUUGUCACUGUAACCUCUUCUGCCUGGCCGACUUGACAGGAAUUAAGUGGAAAAGAUAUGUAUGGCAAGGCCCAACUUCCGCCCCUAUUCUGUUUCCGGUGACAGAAGAAGACCCCAUUUUGAGCAGUUUUAGUCGAUGCCUUAAGGCAGAUGUACUUGGUGUUUGGCGGCGAGAUCAAAGACCUGGAAGAAGAGAAUUGUGGAUAUUUUGGUGGGGUAAAGAUCCCAAUUUUGCUGACCUUAUUCACCAUGACUUAUCAGAAGAGGAAGAUGGAGUAUGGGAGAAUGGCCUUUCCUAUGAAUGCCGUACUUUGCUUUUCAAAGCAGUUCACAAUCUGUUGGAGCGAUGUUUGAUGAACCGAAACUUUGUACGAAUUGGCAAGUGGUUUGUGAAGCCAUAUGAGAAAGAUGAAAAACCUAUAAAUAAAAGUGAACACUUGUCCUGCUCUUUCACCUUUUUCUUGCAUGGAGACAGCAAUGUUUGCACCAGUGUGGAAAUUAACCAACACCGACCUGUGUACCUUCUCAGUGAAGAGCAUGUCACCCUCGCUCAGCAGUCUAAUAGCCCAUUUCAAGUUAUCUUAAGUCCAUUUGGACUAAAUGGCACUCUCACAGGACAGGCCUUCAAGAUGUCUGAUUCAGCUACGAAAAAAUUAAUUGGUGAAUGGAAACAGUUCUAUCCUAUUUCAUGUGGUUUGAAGGAGAUGUCUGAAGAAAAACAGGAAGAUAUGGAUUGGGAAGAUGAUUCUUUGGCUGCAGUGGAAGUUCUUGUUGCGGGUGUUCGGAUGAUCUACCCAGCAUGCUUUGUGCUAGUCCCUCAGUCAGACAUUCCUGCUCCUAGCUCUGUGGGAGCUUCUCACUGUUCAGCUUCUUGUUUGGGUAUCCAUCAAGUGCCUGCUUCCACAAGAGAUCCUGCUAUGUCUUCAGUUACUCUCACUCCACCUACAUCUCCUGAGGAAGUCCAAACAGUUGAUCCUCAGUCUGCACAGAAGUGGGUCAAAUUUUCUUCAGUAUCUGAUGGCUUCAGCACUGACAGUACUAGCCAUCAUGGUGGGAAAAUACCCAGAAAAUUAGCAAAUCAUGUGGUGGAUAGAGUCUGGCAAGAAUGUAAUAUGAACAGAUUACAGAACAAGAGGAAGUAUUCUGCUACAUCCAGUGGCCUGUGUGAGGAAGAGACAGCCGAUAAAAUAGGAUGCUGGGACUUCGUUGAAGCCACACAAAGAACAAGCUGCAGUUGUUUGAGGCAUAAAAGUCUCAAGACAAGAAAUACUGGGCAACAAGGACAGGCACCAUCUUUAGGGCAGCAACAGCAAGUACUUCCUAAGCACAAGACCAAUGAGAAGCAAGACAAGAGUGAGAAGCCACAGAAGCGCCCCUUGACUCCCUUUCACCAUCGUGUAUCAGUUAGUGAUGAGAUUGGCAUGGACACAGAUUCAGCCAGCCAAAGACUUGUGAUCUCUGCUGCAGAUAGUCAAGUGAGGUUUUCAAACAUCCGAACUAAUGAUGUAGCAAAGACUCCUCAGAUGCAUGGCACUGAACUGGCAAAUUCACCUCAGCCUCCCCCACUUAGUCCUCAUCCAUGUGAUGUGGUUGAUGAAGGAGUGACUAAAACACCUUCAACUCCGCAGAGUCAACAUUUUUAUCAAAUGCCAACACCGGAUCCCUUGGUUCCUACCAAACCAAUGGAAGAUAGGAUAGACAGUUUGUCCCAGUCUUUCCCACCUCCAUUUCAGGAAGCUGUAGAACCUACCGUGUAUGUUGGUACAGCAGUAAGCUUGGAAGAAGAUGAAGCUAAUGUAGCCUGGAAGUAUUACAAAGUCCCAAAGAAAAAAGAUGUAGAAUUUUUACCACCUCAACUUCCAAAUGAUAAAUUCAAGGAUGAUCCAGUUGGACCUUUUGGACAGGAAAGUGUAACAUCAGUUACAGAGUUAAUGGUGCAGUGUAAGAAGCCUUUAAAAGUUUCUGAUGAAAUAGUCCAGCAAUAUCAAAUUAAAAAUCAGUAUCUUUCAGCAAUAGCAUCUGAUACAGAACAAGAACCUAAAAUUGAUCCAUAUGCGUUUGUUGAAGGAGAUGAGGAAUUCAUUUUUACUGAUAAAAAAGAUAGACAAAAUAGUGAGAGAGAAGCUGGGAAGAAACACAAGGUGGAAGAUGGGACAUCUGCUGUCACAGUGUUAUCACACGAAGAAGAUGCUAUGUCAUUAUUUAGUCCCUCUAAACAAGAUGCUCCACGCCCUACUAAUCAUGCCCGUCCUCCAUCAACCAGUUUGAUUUAUGACUCAGAUUUGGCUGUGUCUUAUACUGACCUUGAUAACCUCUUCAAUUCUGAUGAAGAUGAAUUAACACCUGGAUCUAAAAAGUCAGCAAGUGGAUCAGAUGAUAAAGCCAGCUCCAAAGAAUCAAAGACAGGAAAUCUGGAUCCGUUGUCCUGCAUAAGCACUGCAGACCUCCACAAAAUGUACCCCACGCCACCAUCAUUGGAACAGCACAUUAUGGGCUUCUCUCCAAUGAAUAUGAAUAACAAAGAAUACGGUAGUGUGGACACAGCACCCGGAGGGACUGUCCUGGAAGGAAAUAGCUCUAGUGUAGGAUCGCAGUUCAGAAUCGAGGUCGAGGAAGGAUUCUGUAGCCCUAAACCGUCUGAAAUUAAAGAUUUUUCUUAUGUCUAUAAGCCCGAAAAUUGUCAAGUUCUAGUAGGAUGUUCCAUGUUUGCACCUUUAAAAACUCUACCAAGCCAUUGUCUGCCUCCUAUCAAAUUGCCAGAAGAGUGUGUUUACCGGCAGAGCUGGACUGUUGGAAAAUUGGACUUGCUUCCUUCAGGCCCUUCAAUGCCAUUCAUCAAAGAGGGUGAUGGCAGUAAUUUGGAUCAGGACUACGGCCCCGCCUACACACCGCAAACCCAUGCUUCUUUUGGGAUGCCUCCGAGUAGCGCACCUCCUAGUAAUGGUGGCGCAGGAAUUCUUCCUUCCCCAUCCACCCCUAGGUUUCCAACUCCAAGGACUCCAAGGACUCCAAGGACUCCUCGUGGGGCUGGUGGGCCCGCUAGUGCUCAAGGUUCAGUCAAGUAUGAGAAUUCAGACUUGUAUUCACCAGCUUCCACCCCAUCUACAUGCCGACCCCUCAAUUCUGUUGAACCUGCAACUGUUCCUUCCAUCCCUGAAGCGCACAGUCUUUAUGUAAACCUCAUCCUUUCAGAAUCAGUAAUGAAUUUGUUUAAAGACUGUAAUUUUGAUAGUUGCUGUAUUUGUGUCUGCAACAUGAAUAUCAAGGGUGCCGAUGUUGGAGUUUACAUUCCAGACCCAACCCAGGAAGCACAGUAUCGGUGCACCUGUGGCUUCAGUGCUGUCAUGAACCGAAAAUUUGGAAAUAAUUCAGGAUUAUUUCUUGAAGAUGAACUUGACAUCAUAGGACGUAACACAGACUGUGGCAAAGAAGCAGAAAAACGUUUUGAAGCUCUCAGGGCUUCCUCUGUGGAGAAUGUUAAUGGAGGCCUAAAGGAAUCUGAAAAGGUGCCUGAUGAAUUAAUAUUACUGCUACAAGAUCAAUGCACUAAUUUAUUUUCACCCUUUGGAGCAGCAGACCAAGAUCCUUUUCCCAAAGUGGGUAUAAGUAGCAAUUGGGUGCGUGUUGAAGAGCGGGACUGUUGUAGUGACUGUUGCCUCGCCUUAGAACAUGGGCGUCAGUUCAUGGAUAAUAUGUCAGGAGGGAAAGUUGAUGAAGCACUUGUCAGAAGCUCAUGCUUACAUCCGUGGGCCAAGCAAAAUGAUUCGAGCGUGCAGUGUUCACAGGAUAUACUUCGGAUGCUCCUUUCUCUUCAGCCAGUUCUUCAAGAUGCUAUUCAGAAAAAAAGAACAGUGAGGCCUUGGGGUGUUCAAGGCCCUCUCACAUGGCAACAAUUUCAUAAAAUGGCUGGCCGAGGCUCUUAUGGAACUGAUGAAUCUCCGGAACCACUGCCGAUUCCCACGUUUUUGUUGGGUUAUGAUUAUGAUUUUCUGGUGCUUUCUCCAUUUGCUCUCCCUUACUGGGAGAAACUUAUGCUGGAACCUUAUGGAUCUCAAAGAGAUAUAGCCUAUGUUGUACUCUGUCCAGAGAAUGAAGCUUUGUUAAAUGGAGCCAGAAGCUUUUUUAGAGAUCUCACUGCAAUAUAUGAGUCCUGUCGAUUAGGCCAACACAGACCUAUUUCUCGAUUGUUGACGGAUGGGAUCAUGAAAGUGGGAGCUACUGCAUCAAAGAAACUUUCAGAAAAGUUUGUAACAGAAUGGUUUUCUCAGGCAGCUGAUGGUAACAAUGAAGCAUUUUCUAAAUUGAAGCUGUAUGCACAAGUCUGCAGAUAUGAUCUAGGUCCAUAUCUUGCUUCUCAGCCGUUGGACAGCUCUCUGCUCUCCCAGCCAAAUUUAGUUGCCCCUCCAAAUCAGUCUUUGGUUACUGCACCUCAGAUGACAAAUACUGGAAACGCUAAUGCUCCAUCUGCCACCUUAGCAUCUGCGGCAAGUAGCACUAUGACAAUGACUUCAGGUGUUGCCAUAUCUACUUCAGUUGCCACAGCUAACUCAACUUUGACCACAACUUCAUCUUCAUCAUCUUCCAGUAUGAGUAGUGGAGUAUCAUCAAAUAAACUGCCUUCGUUUCCACCCUUUGGCAGUAUGAACACUAGUGGUACAGGAUCCAUGUCUACACAAGCAAGUACGGUUCAGAGUGGCCAGCUAGGAGGACAGCAGUCGUCAUCUCUGCAGGCAGCAGGAAUAUCAGGGGAGUCAGCUUCUCUUCCCACUCAGCCACAUCCUGAUGUGUCUGAAAGCACAAUGGAUCGUGAUAAAGUGGGGAUUCCCACAGAUGGUGAUUCACAUGCAAUUACCUACCCACCUGCAAUUGUUGUUUAUAUAAUUGAUCCUUUUACAUAUGAAAAUAAAGACGAGAGCACCAACUCUUCUAAUGUAUGGACUUUGGGACUCCUUCGAUGCUUCUUGGAAAUGGUCCAAACUCUUCCUCCUCACGUCAAGAGUACUGUUUCUGUGCAGAUCGUUCCUUGUCAGUACCUGUUACAACCUGUGAAACACGACGACAGACAGAUCUACUCCCAGCAUUUAAAAUCUUUGGCUUUUUCGGUGUUUACCCAGUGUCGGAGACCACUUCCAACAUCAACCAAUGUAAAAACACUGACUGGGUUUGGUCCAGGCUUAGCUAUGGAAACUGCUCUUAAAAGUCCUGAUAGACCAGAGUGUAUUCGACUUUAUACACCACCUUUUAUUCUGGCUCCGGUGAAGGACAAACAAACAGAGCUAGGAGAGACCUUUGGAGAAGCUGGACAGAAAUACAAUGUCCUUUUUGUGGGCUACUGUUUAUCACAUGAUCAAAGGUGGAUUCUUGCAUCUUGCACAGAUCUAUAUGGAGAACUCCUAGAAACAUGUAUCAUUAACAUCGAUGUUCCAAAUAGGGCCCGUCGGAAAAAGGGUUCUGCUAGAAGAUUUGGCCUACAGAAACUGUGGGAGUGGUGCUUGGGACUUGUUCAGAUGAGCUCUUUACCAUGGAGAGUUGUGAUUGGUCGCCUGGGAAGGAUUGGACAUGGAGAGUUGAAAGAUUGGAGUUGUUUGCUGAGUCGUCGAAACUUGCAAUCUCUAAGCAAAAGGCUCAAAGACAUGUGUAGGAUGUGUGGCAUAUCUGCUGCAGACUCUCCAAGUAUCCUUAGUGCUUGUUUGGUUGCAAUGGAACCCCAAGGUUCUUUUGUUAUCAUGCCAGAUUCUGUGUCAACUGGUUCUGUUUUUGGAAGAAGUACCACUCUAAAUAUGCAGACGCCCCAGCUAAAUACCCCACAAGAUACAUCCUGUACUCAUAUACUUGUGUUCCCUACUUCUGCUUCUGUGCAAGUAGCUUCAGCUACUUACACCACUGAAAAUUUGGAUUUAGCUUUCAAUCCCAACAAUGAUGGAGCAGACGGAAUGGGUAUCUUUGAUUUAUUAGACACAGGAGAUGAUCUUGAUCCUGAUAUCAUUAAUAUACUUCCUGCAUCUCCAACUGCAUCUCCUGUACAUUCUCCAGGCUCUCAUUACCCCCAUGGAGGUGAUGCUGGCAAGGGUCAGGGUACUGAUCGGCUACUUUCAACAGAAUCGCAUGAUGAAGUAACUAAUAUUCUUCAACAACCAUUGGCCCUUGGAUACUUUGUAUCAACUGCCAAAGCGGGUCCAUUACCUGACUGGUUCUGGUCAGCAUGCCCUCAAGCACAAUAUCAAUGCCCCCUUUUUCUUAAGGCCUCUUUGCACCUCCACGUGCCUUCAGUGCAAUCUGACGAGCUGCUUCACAGCAAACACUCCCACCCACUGGACUCAAAUCAGACUUCAGACGUCCUCAGGUUUGUUUUGGAACAGUACAAUGCACUCUCAUGGCUAACCUGUGACCCUGCCGUCCAGGACAGACGCUCAUGUCUCCCAGUUCAUUUUGUGGUGCUGAAUCAGUUAUAUAACUUCAUCAUGAAUAUGCUGUGAUCCUCGUUUGAUGGAAUUACACAAGGAAAGAACGGGAAGAAAGGAUAUUUUGCUGCAAGAUUAAGUUACAGUUCUCAGUGGAAGUCAUUUGUGAUGGGGUCUAAUUCUUAUUACUUCAACAAAUAUUGUUUUGACUUGGGGGGCGGGGCUAUAACCCUAUUUUUCAUUGACUUUACUGAGCUCUUUAGGAUGAUGACUGAUUAUUCAAAACGUAUUAUAACACUUUCGUAGCAAAAAUUAACCUUUUUUUUCCAGUCACAGUAUUUGUGAAAAGUAAUGAGCCAUAGUACCCAUUAAUGUUAAAGAAUAUUAAAGCAUGGAGCGGAACAUGAGGAACAAUGAAUUCCAACAUACGGCUUUAGAACAUCAAGAUGUUCUUGUAUUGGAUAUAGUAUCUAGUAUUCAAAAAUGCCUGCAUCUCUUAUUUAUUGUAAGUUUUUAAAUGUAUAAAUUGUCUUAUAUUUCUUAACCUCUUUUAUAAAAAUUUUCCUAGAAGGUUUAUACUGCCUUCUUGCUUUAAAGCAAUUGGUCUAAAAUAUAUGUAAUCGUCUUAAUUAAAACGUUGCAGUAGG